AUGAGGGACCCGCAGGAUGAUCCGUGUGCGCCAUGGCGCGGCAAUGGCAGGCGCGGAGUCUCACGGGCCUGCUACCGUGCAAUCUGGACGUCCUAUUGUUCGACUGGUUUCUACGUGGACCGUUGGCGGCGUGAGGACAGGGUGCAUCUGCACGGAAUGACUUAUGAGGAGCUGGUCGAGGAUACAGUUGCCUGGGCCCAUGAUAAGUUCAGCCGGUGUUGGCCGCACAAGGAAGGAGAUUUGAGAUGCAUGUACUUUGCCACCAUGUUGAGCUGGACCACCACACUGCUUUACACCGGCUUUCUCGUCGGAGACAUCGUGGGCGACACCGAAUUGGUUGAUGCUAUCGACAGUGCGAGGGAGCACUGUCCGUUCGUCCACUUGUCGUGCCGGCUCUUGCUCCAGAAGACGCCCGAGUUGUUCUCCAACGCGUCUCGCACGCUGGUUGCGAGCAGGAGGCACCACCUCGGAGUGCCCCUGGACCUCCUGCGGCGCCUGCCGUUCGCUGCGAGCGGGCAGCGGCUGCUGACUGACAACCGAGGCUUGUUCGGCGCGCUACGUUCUGCCAGCGAGGCUCCCUUCGCGCGCCACCUGCGCGCACGCGGGCUCAGCGUGGACGACUGCGCGCAGCUCGGCUUCCGAUCACCCAGCUGCUCCGCGGCCAACGCCUCUCUGCUGGCCGCGUUCUACCGCCACCGGGACCCUGGACUCCCACAGGAUAUUAUGAUUCGGCGCCUGCGUGCGCACCCCUUCGGCAGUCCGGCUCGGGUCGCAGGGCUCCUGGCCGACGCGGACCGGCUCAGGAACGGCGGCAGCUCCUUCGGGCCCGAGUUGGAAUUGGCGUUGGACGAGGUGCGCUUCUUGCUGGUGCGAGGGCCACAUGUAGAGGAACUGCUCCCUGGAGAAGGACCGCCGACUCAUCUGGUGUGGCAUUUCCUGGACAAGCUGGCACUUCCAGCUGCGGUGUCCGUGAGCGUCGAGCCUCCCCCCUCGGCGUCAGCGCCCCCUUUCGUGCCACAGUUGAGGAUGUGGGUCUUGCCGGACCAUGACGUGGUCUCAGACUACGUCCGGUGGCGCACCAGCUUCCACUGCCCGGCUGCCUUCACCGGGCUGGCGGGUGCCGUGGCCGCGGCACGCUCGGGGCCCGACGAGCUCCUGCGGGUGGUGGAGGUGGGGGGCUUCUUGGGAGAUUGCCUCCUUUGGCUGGCCGGGUGGCUGGGCCCGGAGAGCACGCGAGCGCUGGAGGUAGAGCCCGUCGCCGCCGCGAGCGCCCGCCUGCUGCGGAGCGCCGCGGACGCGGGGCUCUCCAGGGCGGUGCACGUGGUGACGGAGGCGCUGGGCGACGGGCGGUCUCUGCACGGAGGCAUGGCGACCUCUGGCCACGGCGCGCCCGUCGCGAACCCCAACUUCCGCGUCAGGCCGGCCUCUCCCGCAGGGGGCGCGGGCCGCCGGGGUCGCCUGCGCUGCCUGGACGAGGUCCUGGAGGAGUGGCCGGGCCUGGGCCCCGGCAGGGUCGUCGACCUCGUGAGGGUCAAGGCCGCCGGGAGCGAGGCGCUGAUCGUGGCCGGGCUGAGCCGGCACCUCGCGGCGCGGCGCGUGCGCUGGUUGCUCACGGAGUCCGAGGCGGCCGUUGGCAGGCAGAUCGAGGGGCUCCUGGCGCAGUGGCCGCACUACCAGCGCAGCAGUCGGGAGAAUCAGGCGCAUGGUGUCACGGGGCACGGUGGCGGAUACGUUGACGUAGCCAGGGGCCUGGGCCAUGACCGGAGAAGGGCUUGGAGGACACACCGCGCGCUCGCUCACGACGGAGCGCCGAUGCGAUGGAAGCGCAUCCGUUUUGCACAUGGCGUUGUUCUUGGGGCAGGUCAUGUUAGAGUGCACCUCUGA